AGUAGGCGCGCGAGGCGCUUUAAGACUGGACGCCGUGUCGCGUGGAAAAAUCUCGGAAAAUAAUUUCACUUUUUAAUUUUUGCGUAAUUUCUGGUGAUUGCGUGUGUGUCUCAUCUGUACAUAUAUUGUACAUAUAUAUAUGUAACUGGAAAGUGAAUAUACCGAAAUGGCUGCUGCAUUUAGAAAAUUCAAUUAGAUUUGAGUGUUUUGAGUUAAACAAGUAUUUCGGAAGAAUACAAAAAUGCAUUUGUGUCCAGGUCACAUUUACCUUUUCAUUAUCGUAUUUUUUAAAACAAUACUCGCCUUUGGCGGAGGUGAUCGCAAUGAAAUUUCCGUGGGUGCCAUUUUCUAUGAAAAUGAAAAGGAUAUCGAACUGAGCUUCGAUCAGGCCUUCCGAGAUGUCAACAACAUGAAGUUCGGCGACGUCCGGUUCAUCCCAAUCAAGAGGUAUAUGCCCACCAAUGAUAGUUUUCUCCUGCAGCAGCUGACUUGUGAACUGAUUUCCGAUGGCGUUGCGGCUAUUUUUGGACCAAGUUCAAAGGCAGCCAGUGAUAUUGUGGCGCAAAUUGCAAACACGACUGGCAUUCCACACAUAGAGUACGAUUUGAAGUUGGACACGGCAACCCAGCAGGAGCAUCUCAACCACAAAAUGUCGGUCAAUGUGGCGCCCUCACUGACAGUCCUUUCGCGGGCCUAUUUCGAGAUCAUCAAAAGCAACUACGAGUGGCGCACCUUUACUUUGAUUUAUGAAACACCUGAAGGUCUGGCACGCUUACAAGAUCUUAUGAACAUUCAGGCACUAAACAGUGACUAUGUGAAGCUGCGAAACCUGGCAGACUACGCGGGAGAUUAUCGAGUGCUUUGGAAGGAAGUAGAUGAAACCUUUCACGAACACCGGAUCAUUCUAGAUUGUGACCCGAAAACUCUUAAGGAAUUACUGAAGGUUUCGGUGGACUUUAAGCUGCAGGGUCCUUUCAGGAACUGGUUUCUCACCCAUUUGGACUCACAUAGCUCGGGUCUGAAGGAUAUUUAUAAUGAAGACUUUAAAGCAAAUAUUACCUCCGUGCGCUUGAAAACUGUAGACCCAAAUCCUUUUGAUAGAAAAAAGACUCGUAUUACAGAGGUGGAUCAAAUUCUGGGAAACCAAACCAUGUUGCCCAUUCUUAUAUACGAUGCUGUGGUGCUCUUUUCCAACUCUGCCCGGAGAGUUAUAGCUGCCAUGGAGCCGUAUCAACCGCCGAAUAGAUAUUGUGGCAGUAUGAGCCCCUGGGUACUAGGGCCUUUUAUAGUCAACGAAAUGAAGACCAUCUCCGAGGACGAUGUAGAGCCCAAUUUCAAGACCGAAAAUAUGAGGCUAGAUGAAUAUGGACAGCGGACAAACUUUAACCUGGAGAUCUACAAGCCAACUGUGAACGAGCCCAUGAUGGUCUGGACUCCUGAUAAUGGAAUAAAAAAACGACGCCUCAGUCUGGAGCUGGAAAACACAGCAUCCACUCAGGAUUUUUCAGAGCAGCGUCGAGUUUACACGGUGGUAACUCACUACGAGGAGCCAUACUUUAUGAUGAAAGAGGACCACGAGAACUUUAGGGGGAGAGAGAAAUAUGAGGGAUAUGCUGUGGACCUCAUAAGCAAACUUUCGGAAAUCAUGGAGUUUGAUUAUGAAUUUAUGAUUGUGAAUGGAAAUGGAAAAUAUAAUCCUGAGACUAAGCAAUGGGAUGGCAUUAUUCGCAAACUAAUAGAUCAUCAUGCUCAGAUAGGCGUUUGUGAUCUCACUAUUACACAACUGCGAAGGUCUGUUGUUGACUUCACAGUGCCCUUCAUGCAGCUGGGCAUUAGUAUUUUGCACUACAAGAAACCGCCAGAACCCAAGAACCCGUUUGCCUUCUUGGAACCCUUUGCCUUCGAAGUCUGGAUCUAUAUGAUAUUUGCUCAGCUAGUGAUCACUUUGGCUUUCGUUUUUAUUGCCAGGUUGUCUUACCGGGAAUGGCUGCCCCAUCCGGCCAUUAAAGAUCCCGAUGAACUGGAGAAUAUUUGGAAUGUGAAUAAUUCAACAUGGCUAAUGGUGGGCUCUAUCAUGCAACAGGGUUGUGAUAUUCUUCCAAGGGGUCCCCAUAUGCGCAUCCUUACUGGAAUGUGGUGGUUCUUUGCCCUAAUGAUGCUAAGUACUUAUACUGCAAACUUGGCCGCUUUUCUGACCAGCAACAAAUGGCAGAGCAGCAUCAAGAGCCUGCAGGAUCUGAUCGAACAGGAUGAAGUGAGCUUCGGCAGUAUGCGGGGUGGCAGCACUUCCCUAUUCUUCUCCGAGUCGAAUGACACCGACUAUCAGAGGGCGUGGAACAAAAUGAAGGACUUUGAACCAUCUGCCUUCACUAGCACCAACAAAGAAGGCGUGACUAGGGUCGAGAAGGAAGCUGGUGACUAUGCCUUCUUGAUGGAGACCACAAGUCUGACGUACAAUGUGGAGCGAAAUUGUAAUCUAACUCAGAUAGGUGGAACGAUCGGUGAAAAACAUUACGGCUUGGCUGUGCCCUUGGGUGCUGACUACCGAACCAACCUCAGUGUCUCGAUUCUGCAGCUAAGUGAGAAGGGCGAGCUCUAUAAGCUAAAGAACAAGUGGUGGAAGAAGCACAAUAUCACCUGCGAAGCCGCCCACGAGGUGGAUGGUGACGAGUUGUCUAUCAUCGAACUGGGAGGUGUUUUUCUUGUUCUGGCUGGUGGCGUUCUGACCGGUGUCAUUUUGGGCAUAGUCGAGUUCCUUUGGAAUGUGCAGCAUGUAGCGGUCGAGGAGCGGGUUACCCCUUGGGAGGCACUCAAGGCGGAGUUUAUAUUUGCCCUCAAGUUCUGGGUCCGCAAGAAACCAAUGAGGAUCUCCAGUAGCAGCGACAAAUCAACUUCCAGGAGAUCUUCGGAUUCUAGACGCAGUUCCAAGGAGAAGAGCCGCAGCAAGACGGCUAGUUGAACAACUUUGACAAAAUUGUUAGA